UAGUCCCAAGGUUUUUGCUUCGAAGAUAAAGCGCUUAAUAGCCUACUUGAAAUAUUAUAUUAAUCAUUAAUAAUAUGAAUGAUGCUACUGUGAAUGCAUUUCAGUCAGAUUGGUUACAAUACUGUUGUCAUUGCCUCCCAACUUCUCCGCCACGCCCCGUUCAAAUGCGUUUUUCCUCAACAUCCUCCUCAAAAGUCACUUUCCGAGUGCCAAGAACCACGUCUUAGCAUUUGUUUUCUCACUAAGGACCUUAAAAUCAUCAGCAAUGGAUUGAAUAACGCGAGUGUCGUUGCUUUCAGGCACCUCUGACUUGUUGCGCACUUGUUAUUUCCCUAUAGGCUGCAAAACUCAGUGACUGCGUCGCUUUGAAAUGUUUUCUUUUUGUUUUAUAUCCUCUGACUUAUUUUUAAUGAAAGGAGAAACGAUUUCGAGACGUUCGCUUUCUUACAGUUUGGCUUAAAAGGACUGGGAUGUCUAAGUCGCGGUAUGAAAAUAUACUUUAAGCUGUGGCAGGUGAGAGACAGAGAGACGGGGAUUCCUGACAGCGUUUCUCCAGCACGCGCUUGAAUGCACGCGACUUUGAUGCAGAAUUAAUUGAAGGAUUUGAACAUGAUCUCAGCGCAGGACACGAGACGCUGCCGGCCACCUGCACUGUGUGUUCAAAUACUUUACAGUGUUCUCAUACUGUGGACCAAAGAAAUGGAUGGACUCUCCGAUUUCUCAAAUUAUCUGUUUAGGAUCAUCAACAGUCAAUCAGCUCAAGCCUGUGAUGGAGAUCUCCUGCUCCUCAAGUGUCCACGACACUCCACCAUAACUAUUCAGUCUGCAUUUUAUGGACAGAGUGCAGCCCUUCCCGGGAUCGUGCCAGGAAUGAGAUGCCAAUGGCGUAAUCACAGCUGUUCUACUAGCACAGCACUGCAGAAAGUGCUCUCUGAAUGCCAAGGUCACAGAAAUUGCCAGUUUCUGGUUAAUCAUCAAGUCUUUGGCAUAGAUCCUUGUCCUGGAACCCCUAAAUACCUCCAUGUAUCAUACAGAUGUAAACCUACAGAGCACAAGAAGAAAGUAACAUGUGAGGGAGAUCGACUUUUGCUGCACUGCAAACAUCCAAAAGUGCUGAAUAUCUACUCUGCUGUUUAUGGCAGACAGUUGGAUGGGAGAGACUUGUGCCCAUCAGAGGAACAACCUCCACCAUUCGAAUGUCUUUUUCAUGGAGCUGUUGAUGUGGUAUCCAACAUCUGCUAUGGAAAACAGAGGUGUUUGUUUACCAUAGAUGAGGAACGUUUCAAAAACCCCUGCCCUACAGGAACAAAAAAGUAUAUCACUGUCUUCUAUGCAUGCGUUCCAGAAAGUUUACUUAAGGAGGCUGAUCCCAGCAGUUUCCAAACUACCUCAGUUCCUAACCAGAGUACAAAAGAAGGGGAACACCCAGUUGUCAGAAAUUCAAAGUUUCCAGAGAACAGGAUUAUUGUCAGCAACUCUUUAAUGGCAUACGGCUACAUUACAGAGCAUCCAGAGAUGGCAGGACUGCUUUUCACAUCAAGUGUUUGUGUGGGACUUCUGAUUGUUCUAAUAGCAGUUUCAACACAGUUAACAUGCAGUAGACGUCUAAAUACAACUAGAACAUUCAGGAAGAAGAGUAGAACUCAUCUGGAAGAGGAGGAGCCAAUGAACCAGGAUAACAAUGAAGAAGAGGAAGGUGAGGAUGAAAAAGGGUCCCUAAUGGACAGCUCUAACCUGUCAGAGGUUAGCAGGAAGGUGUAUUGCUGGGAAGAUGUGACGUAUACCACAGAGGCAGCAGAGCUGAUGGAGAGGAUUGAGCGAAGAGAGCUUGUGAUUCAGGAGAUCAGGAUGAACGCAUACCUCAAUGGAAACACAUGCAUCCUGCAUUCAUACAUGCCAACUAUUACGCAGAAUGUGCAAUAGCUGUAUUUCAACCAAAAGGAGAGAGCAUUUUGAAUGUUUUCAGUUACCAAAACACUAAAAUUAAAGGUGAAGUGUGUAAUUUCUGUAUCACAACUGUUUCCAGAGCACUCCCCUCGUUUGCUAUUGGUCUGCCACAUAAAUGGCCCGCCCCUAACUCACACUCUUGGUAAAGCUAAUUUUGCAGUUGUCUGGCAGCUCAAACAAACAUACCGAUAUUUUGAUAACAUCACAGAUUCACUGUGCUACAACUUUUGAGUGGAAUCUACCUACAACAGUUGCAUAAUAAGCCAUGAAAGAUGUAUUUUAAAAUUAACAAAUUACACACAUCAUCUUUAAAAAUGGUCAGGUUAAAAAAAAAAAUGGUCUGGCACAGCGAGGACUUAAUAGCAUAGACCAAUAAAGCAAUACCUGAUGUUUUUUACUGCCUAAGCAGGGCAAAAGUUAUUAUUCAGUUAAUAAAGUAUCUGUUGUAUUAAAUUGUACACAAAGUAAAGCCAUGAAAAAAAGUAUUUUAUAAAUUAUUGCUCUAUUCAACAAUGGAUGAAUAAUGUAUGUGGGUUUUGAAAGUCAAUACAAAUUAAAAAGACUGGUAACAUUUUUUAUUGAAAUGUAUUAUAUUUAAAUGUGGAAUCAUAAAAUGAAAAUAAAAUGAACACAAACA